AUGUUCUCGAUAGUGGGUAUACUCGCAGACAACAGAAGGGGCUUGACCAAGAUAGCACAUGGUUGCCUACUUCUGAGCCACCUAGGCCUGGGCAUUUCGAGCAUCAUCGCCUCCAACCAGCGUGAGGACUUCUUCGCGGGUAUCCCUCUGGCAAGGAAGCAUCUGCCGGGUUUCCUUGGCACCCAGAGGAUGGCUGACAGGCAAAACCCCCAGGGAUUUUUCGGGUUCAUGAUUAACUUGAAAAUCUGCAUUGUUCUCUCGGUUGUCGAGAGGGCCGGGAAGGCGGCCAAGCAUCGCGAGGUGCAUAUGAACUUCUUGGUGGGGUGCGUUGUGGUCAUGCUGUUGUUCGCCGGGGGCGAUAUUGCCGUAGCCCAGAUGGCCAGCGCAGCUGGUAUAACCUGGGAGUAUCUGAUGGCCUCCGCCGCUGCUGCCCUCAUUAUCCUUACCGUGGCCUUACGAGUAUGGGGAUACUGGAUUUCGAGAACUGAAAAUACCAGCUGCGAUGAAGAGGCUAGGCGUCGAGAAAGCCGUGAUACGUUGCUCCCUUCGUACGAAGCAGCAGUUGGGUUAGGGGCUCACAUGUCCGAUGAAAACACAGCGCAGGGUGCUGUGAAGCCUGGCACAAAAUUCCAGCUAUAG